AUAAAAACGAAAUCCAAAACGAUUCACAAAAACAUUUCAUAUUUUUUUUUGUGAUAUUGGUUAAUUUCUACCAAAAAAUGAAGUGUCCUUCUAUAUUCUUAACUCUAUUAAUUUUUGUUUCUUCAUGUACAUCAAUACUUAUAAAUGAAUCUAGUGAUGAACAGAGAAUAUAUUCUUUCAGUCCAACAACAAGUCCUUUUGAUCCACGCUCACUGAACCAAGAACUUAAAAUUGGGAGAAUUGGUUACUGUUUUGAUUGCGCAAGAGCUUGUAUGAGACGGGGUAAGUAUAUUCGUACAUGUAGUUUUGAAAGAAAACUUUGUCGUUGCAGUAUUAGUGAUAUUAAAUAAGGCAUUGUAACUUUGUUAAACAUUAAUAAUAAUAAAAAAUAUUGCUGUUUA